AUGGAGCGAGAAAACCGUUUGAGACACGAGGAAAAGCAGAUCGAGUGAGUUAAUUAUCAUUAGAGCGCGAUUUCUUUUAGACGGAAAUUUUUUUUUAAAUUUUAUUUUAAUUAGAAAUGAUUCAAUUUUCAGGGAUGAAAAACGUCGAUUGAAUGCCGAAAAGGAUUUGAUCAAGAAGGAGAACCUUACGGAUGUUCUUCCACCGAUCACGAAGAGAUACGAUCCACCAAUCUCAACGUCGCCGAGCGCGACUCCGAGAAGCGGCGCCUAUUCGCAUGUGAAGGUUGUUGUAGAUUCGGACACCUCGCCACGCCAGCAGGCGUUUAUCGAUGAAAUAGUCGGAAGAGGAGGAAAAUUGGCAGUUGUCACUUACGACAGAAGCGGUCAGAAUCCGAAAGAAUUGACUGUUCACAAGGGGGAGUACCUUGAGGUGAGCAGAAAAUAAAAAUGUUAUUUGGAUAGACAAUAAUACCGACUUGUUAUUGCAGGUUCUGUUCGACGAGAGAAAUUGGUGGGAGUGUAAGAACAUGCACCAGCGGGUUGGCUACGUGCCACACACCAUUCUGUCCAUGGUUCCGUUCGAACAGCAGCAAUACGCGGUAAGUUGGCAUUAGAGCACACUACACACCUGGAGCAACUCUAACUUUCAUCUUUACAGUCUCCGAACCACAACAACUCUUCCUCCUCGUACCCUCCGAUGCUGAACAAUGGUCAACAGCACCUUCAGGGCCCAGGUAUGCUCCCCGAAGACGCGCCAUCGUAUGUGAAAGAGCGGCAAGGCAGACGCGGCGAAUUCCGUUACUUUUAAGAGCCGUGAUCCUCGCUUUGAUAUAUAAAUUAUAAACUUUUUUCCAUACCGAACCCGUUUAGUGCCAUUGUAAUUAUGUUAUUCUCUUCCCCUUUCCGCCAAUGCAUGUUCCUGUUCUUCGUACUCAUUUGCUCAACGAAAAUCCCCCUUUCUUCCCUUUCAAGUGUGAUGUUUUUGUGUAAGUUCUUGUCUUUGUUUCAGUUCCUCCUUCCACUCUCUCUCUCUCUCCCUCUUAUUCUCGAUUUAUUCAAAUUAUUAAUUUCAAAAUUCUUCGAAGCAUGACCGAUUCUUCAUUCUCCCAUACACACCCGCUUUGUUCGCUUCGAAAAUUUGAUACCCUAAUUAUCUAAUUCAUAUGUGUGUUUAUUAAUUAAAUAUUUUUAUUUAUAAAUAUAUAUAUAUUUAUAUAUUCAAUCCAAAUUUCUAUACUAGAUGCGAUGCUUAUGAUAUCACAGAAAGAGAGUAAAUUAUUUGAAUUCUUACCUUUGUUUGUGACACGUCAUCAAUACACACACGAAACGGCGCUUCGGCGAACCGAAAGAGAGCGUCUUGAUAUUCCAGUCAUACUAACCGUGCUCGUACUAACACUCUUACAGUUAACCUCUAUCAACGUCCGCCUCAGCUGGUUUCGGACGCCGGAGUGCAAGUGGAGAUCCGUCAGGAGCACGUCGCCCCGCCACCGCUACCCAUAAUCAUCCCGCCGCCACCACCACAGCAGGCGCCGACUCUCGCCGAAAUGCUCAAAGUUCAAAGUGAGAAGAAGGUGCGUGCAAUUGUAGUUGAGCUGAUAAAUAAAAUAGUGAAACAAUUUUGAAGAGAAGCGCCCAAGUCCAAGAAGUUUUGUAUCAACCACAACCUCGUCCAGGAUUGGAGGUUCAGAGAAGAACGCAGCGUAGGCAUACAUUUUGUUUAAUUCCAUUAAAGGGCCAUUCAGACCCUCAACUGGUCGAAGAUUUGACUAAUACACUUGGAAAGAACGCGGGCGAGAUUCUGAGACCGUCGGGAAACAGAAGUAGUCGAGUAGCGAUCAAUGAAAAGUCUUCUCCGGAAGACGUGACUCGUUGGCUUCAGGAGAAAGGAUUCUCACCGAGAGUUAUUGAACUUUUGGAUGGUCAAGACGGUGCGAACCUUUUCUCCCUUUCCAAACUCCACCUUCAGCAAGCUUGCGGCCGUGACGAGGGAGGCUAUCUUUACAGUCAAUUGUUGGUUCAGAAGAAGAGAAGUGGAGUAAGUGACCUAGCUUCUGCUCUUUUAAUCUUUUUGAGUUUCAGUUCCGAACGCACACUGGCGACGAGCUGAAAGCGAUUCUGAAUCACCGACGAACACACGUGGAACUUUCGAAUGAGGCGCCGGCCGACGAGCCCGUCUUCACUAUUAACCCCAUUCAUUAG